CCACUUUAAGGAAUGUCUGAAACUGCGCAGAGCAAAAGCGACCCUCGAGCCGGGGCAGACAGCGACACGGCAGUCCUGGGUAAUUCGAGAGCGGCGACACAAAAGACAAAACAUUUCACUGCAUUUCGUUUUAAUUCAAACCCGCAGAUCCAGAACUAAGGAUAUUAUCCGACGUUUAUCUGGUGGCGUGUGAUUUCAAGAACGCGAGUCACCCCACGAGGACAAAAAAUCAUUGAGAAAACGAGCAGGAGUUCCCCGAAGUUUCUCAGUAUUGAUCAUGGAGGAGAAGAAGGAGGAGAGCGAGGCGGAGAUCCAAGAGCACGGACCCGAGCACUGGUUCUCCAAAUGGGAGCGGCAGUGCCUCGCGGCGGAGGCCGAGAGGGAAGAGCCUAGCGAGGAGGAGGUGGACCAGAACCAGGAGAAACUCUGGCACCUCUUCCAGAAUUCGGCUACGGCGGUGGCCCAACUUUAUAAAGAUCGAGUCUGUCAUCAGCAAGGACUGUCGUUGUGGUCGCAGUUUCAGAACGCUGCAACAGCAGUGACUAAUCUUUACAAAGAGAGCGUUGAUGCACACAAGAGGAGCUUUGACUUGGGAAUCCAGAUUGGUCAUCAGCGACGUCAUAAAGAUGUUUUGGCCUGGGUAAAAAAGCGAAGGAGAACUAUACGAAGGGAGGAUUUGAUAAGUUUCCUCUGUGGAAAAGCGCCACCACCAAGGACUUCUAAAACAGCUCCCAAACUGACUGUCAUGUCUCCUAACCGACCACCUUCAUCAGACUCUGUGUCAUCUGCAGAGACUGAUUUACAGCCCUUCUGUGAGGCCAUAGCACUACACGGUUUAAGUGGAGCGAUGGCCAGCGUCAGCGUCCGCUCCAGCACUCCUGGCUCUCCGACUCAUGUCAGCGGCAGCUCCAAUGCAGGGCGCAGGAGGAACGGACUUCACGAUGUGGACUUGAACACUUUCAUAUCGGAGGAGAUGGCCCUCCACCUUGGCAGCUCAGGCACCAGGAAGCGGACCUCGGUCCAGUGCUCCGAUGUCAUCACAGACUCCCCGACCCAUAAACGCAACAGAAUGCUCUGAACUCAGUUGUUGUUCUGUAUGCUUUGUGCUGCUUAAAAUAAAAGCCGCUUGAUCCUCAACACUUGCGUUCCCUCAAAAGGAAACAAGGGGCGCAGUGCACUUGCAUAUUCAGUACAGUAUGCCAUACAGUGGAGGCUAGUUCAUAUCGCUUCAUGCAUGUUGACCUUUUAUAUAUGUUUUUGCACUCACCACACCACGUAAUUUGAGUUGUAUGAGCCAUCAAGUACCCAUUUUAUUGAAAACAUAUUAACUAUUAGAUUACAACAUCGAAAUAGGCUAUUUUUAGUUCACAUUAUCUCCUAGUGUUGCCAAGCUAAUAACUCGAAUGUUUGCUUUCAGAUAUCGGUGUGAGCAUCAGCCCAUUUCCCAUAUAUUUUCAUUUCUCCUUAGCAUUCAUUGAAUGGCAGUUCUGUUGUGAUCAAAUGUGCAACGUUUUUAGUCAUACUUGAAACUGCUGCUGAUUUGUAUGUCUGUGUGCUCUCGAGAAGGUUGCAAUAAUGAUUUUGCACUAAUGCAUUUUUUUUUAAAUAGUUAGACAACUAGAGAAAGGCAAGGGAAGUGAGGCUUAUGAUAAAGUGGUGAAGUUGUUGACAUUUUACAUUUCAAGGCUAUUAUGGUUUGGUUCUGGGGUUAGGUGAGUCUUCGUGCUGUAAGAACAGUGUUCAGCAGAGCUUUCUCUCAGGAGAGGUACUAAAGUGGAGAAAAACUGUGUCAUCUUGAAAUUGAAGUGUCCUUUAAGUGCUCUUCAAAUCCAGGUCAGAGGAUUUGGAGAGCUGCACAUGUACGGUCCAGCUUUGUGCUGAUGUAUAGAAGUCAAGCUGGACUCUGAACCCCUUAAAAGCAGAAAUAUAUGAUAAUAUGAGCUCGGGGGUAAUGAAAUUGUGUGCUCUUUUGGCUGAUACACAAAUAUAGCACUCUUGAUUUAACAUGAUGGGUUUUUCUUUGCCCUUGUCAUUAUUCUUGAUAUAAGAUACCUUAGGUAGAAAGGCCCGUAGUUGAUAUGAUCCUCACAUUGACAAUUGUAGAUUGAGUGUUUGAUAUGUCAGGUUACUGGGGCUGGGGAAACAUGAUGUGGACUGCAUUUUCUGUCAAAUACCAAUCAAGCUGCUUUAUGCAGACAUACUAAAUUACAAAUGUUGCAAGAGAUAGUUUUAUCUUUUCUGUAAUGUUAAUAUUGGAUGUUUGGUUAUUGAUUUCAUGACUUAAUUUCGUAAACUUUUAUUUUUUCAUAAAUGAACAUGGAUAUAAUAUUGAUUGCUUCGAGAAGGAAGUUUUUAUCAUUAAUUGAACUGACAUGUAAUCCAUUUUUUUAACUUAAAGGUCAGGAACUAAAGCUAACAGUAAAAUUGUCUAGAUGAUCCAGAACAUCACAAUGAAACCAUAAAAAAAUCUGCAUAAGUUAUAGGCAAACCCUAUAACCCUAACCCUAAGUUAUUAAAGUUACCUUUGUAUAUUUUUAUAUCGAUUGUGUACGUUAUGUUUACAGUAUUUUAACAGUUUAUUUCACAUCCAAUUGAGCCUGAUAACAGCCAUUUGUACCUCUACUGAUUAAAACAGUGAUUCUUGUUUGUUCAGUAAUUAAAUGUAUCUUUUUACUGUA